GGAGCUGGUGUUACCGCAGUGAGCUCGACGCUGCAGGUGGUGUUCAGGUGUUCAGGUGUUCAGGUAGAGAGACGAGGCGGCAGGUGGAGGAAGGGAUGGAUUCACUUCGGAGUCUUUGUAAUGCGACGCUGGAUUAAUAUGUUUAACUAAAAAGUUGAGCUCUCACUUCGUCGGAUCAAACUUUACUAAACUUUCUCUGUUGUCUGUCUGGAGGCUGAAAAGCACCGAGGAGUUAAUAAUCACCUUUACUGCUUCACAAGUUACAGAUGCAGGAGGUCAGUGAGGCCUGCAGCCCGGUGGAGGAUGACAUGGUGGAUGGAGACCUGGGUGACGGGAUGAGAGUCAGAGCAGUGCCCAGCUCCACCAGGAAGAAGAGCCAAAGCUUUGCUGGUCUCACAGACACCCUGCUGUCCACAACGGAGCUGCUCAGGUGCAGCAGCAACCCCGGACCGAAGGCCGCAGAGACACAGCAGAGAGCCCGCUGGAAGUGGACGCUGCCUCACUCCACAGGCUCCCUGGUUGACCUGUCCAAAGAGGAGCUGAAAGACAGACUACAGGAAGCAACUGAGGUGAUAGACAUGUUAUGCUGUGAGCUGGAGGUGGCACAUCGUUACCUUGAAGGCAAAUAUGAAGCUCUGAAGAUCUUGCAGGGGAAGGCCAUUCUUGACAAAGCCACGAGCCACACUCAAAGUCUGCUGCAGAAAAGUGAGGCGAAGGCCAAAGCUCUGGAGAAGGAGGUGAACAGCUUGCAGUGGGAACUCAGCUUCACCCAGGUCCAGAUGAAGAAGUCUCAGCAAUCCUGGGAGGAGAAAUACAACAGAAUUUCGAGUGAGAACAAGAUUCUGACUGACAGAUGGGAGAAAAGAGAGAGUGAGAUCCAGCAGCUCCGGGCAGAACAUUCUGCUCGUAGUCGGCAGUACCUGGAGCUUCUCUCCAUGUUGAGUGUGAAGGAGCAGAGAGCUUACCAAGAAACCAAACCUCAGUACAGCCCAGAGAGAGACGCAACUGUUCUGGAGCUGGCAGUUUUGGGGGCCUGCCGGUGUCCUGGUGUUGCUGAAGCUUGUCCGUGCAGUCGGACUGCUGCCGCCAGCAGGAAGCAGCUCGUCCAGCUACAACAGGAGCUGGAUGCUCAGCACUUGAGGAGAGACGAGGCGUCGAUGGUUGCAGACGCUUUUCGCAUCGCCUUUGAACAGCAGCUGAGGAAACGAAGUGAGCACUUCCUGCUGCUGGCUGAUGCCAACAUCCUGAAAUCCCAUCACUGCAAGGCUGAAGGUGCUAACUGGAGUCCUUUAAUCAGUGUAAGCCAGAGGUUGAGAGGAUUGCUGCCUUCCAAGAUGCCUGAUGAUCUUUUAGAGACUCUCUACAGACUGCUGGACUUGCUGAACGACAAGGACGAGGCCCUGGCCCACCAGAGGAAGGUGAGCAUCAUGUUAGCCCACAGUGCCGAGGAGCUGCAGAGACAGUUGCAUCUAGAUUCACAUUGCUGCCCAUCAGAGAACCAGAGCCAGCCUCAGCAAACAUCUGAUACAUCGGAGUCUAAGAUCCAACCACAAGUCCUAUCAGAGUCCAACACCCAAGAACAGCAACAACUAGAGCUGCCGGAUUCCCACCUUCAGCUAGGACAACCACCACGUCUGUCAGAGUCCAGGACUGAACCACGGGAGCUGUCAGACUCACAGUCACAGUCAAACAUCCAGCCACUGUCUAACCACAAGAGCCACACGCCUGAAAUCCAACAAUCAAACCAACCGGAGUCCUGAUCCACACACAGGAUCUACCAGACUCUAUGCCUCAGCCACAGACGCAGCAGUCAGGGGUUUGAUUCUGAAAGAGCGUAUAGGAAGACGUUGGAUGUAGCAUCUCUGAUGUCACACAGGGGCUUUAUCUGAAGGAAUGGUAUGAAAGCGUAUGAUUUGACCACUCACUGCUGGAGUCAAAACACCCAAAUCCCCCUUCCAGGAUGGACAGACGUGCAAUAGAUGUCGUGUGUACAGAGUAACAACCUAAUGAAAAUACAACAUAGACAAUCCAUAUGACAAAAAUGA